CGGCUCGCGAAGAUGCCGGCCAUUGUUUGGAUCCUUUACGCCCUGCUAACGUGGGUUUCCCCGGCGAUGUCCGGCGACAACCUCACCGAGACCAUCGCCAAAUUCGAGGCCUCCUGGCCGGUGGGCGAUUGGAAGCGCUACGGGUUCUUCGCCGACGGCUACGCGGACAUCAUCGACGAGCACUGGAUGAAAUUCCCGCCGCCCAACACAGCCAGCUACUACUCCAUGGGGGCGAUCUACGUGCUGAUCAUGGUGCUCGGCGUCGCCGGGAAUUCGCUGGUGGUGUUCCUGUUCGUCAAGUGCAAGUCGCUGAGGACGUCUGCCAACACGCUCGUCAUCAAUCUGGCCCUCAGCGAUGGUCUGAUGACGAUGAAAGCGCCCAUUUUCAUCUACAACGCCUUCAUGAGAGGCCCCGCGUUGGGCGAUAAAGCUUGCCGUCUGUACGGGUUCGUGGGCGGCCUGACCGGCACCAUUUCCAUCAUAACCCUCAGCCUGAUCUCCUUCGACCGAUACUUCGUGAUCAAGUACCCGCUGAACCGGAGCUUCUCCGACGCCCGCGUGAAAAUCUGCCUGGCCGUCACGUGGAUAUACGGGGCGAUAUUCGCCUCGAUUCCCGUCCUCGACAUCGGUUGGGGGAAGUACACCUACGAGGGCUACCUGACCAGCUGCAGCUUCGAUUAUCUCACCGACAGCGCCACCGUCAAGAGGUUCAUCGUGGCGUUCUUCGUGGCCGCCUGGGCGGUGCCCUUGGCUUUGAUUUCGUUCAGUUACAUUAACAUAAUUCGCGUGGUCGCCAACAGGAGCGCCUCGCAUCGGGAUUCUUUCAGGAGCGUGAAGAGGGAGGACGAUAAGAAGCAGGAAAUCAAGCUGGCUUUAAUCGUAUUUACCACUAUUAUAUUAUGGUUCGUUUCCUGGACGCCUUACGCUAUAGUCGCUUUGCUUGGAGUGAGCGGACAGAAGGAAUGGAUCACUCCUUUAAUGUCUAUGAUACCAGCUGUAUUCUGCAAAACCGCCAGUUGCGUUAAUUCCUACGUCUACGCCUUAUCUCACCCGAAAUUCAAAACUGAAUUGAGGAAGUUGUGCUGCAAAUCCAACGAGAAAACCAACGCGAGCAAGAUAUGGACGACGGGAAUGGCGAAAAACAGGGAAGCUUCGAUCAACAAGGAGGAGAUAUCGGUGACCUCAGACUCCAUGUCGACGGUGACGUUCGAGGAGGCGACCAACGAGUCGAUGAGGUCGCUGAAACGGCAGGACACCGUCAUCGAGAUGAUCUGCUUGAGGCCGUCGUUCAGCAACCGGAGCUCCAGUCUCAGGAAAUUGGCCAGGAGGAUGUCGUCGAAGGAGAAGCACGAAGAGGACGAUAGAAACGCCGACGUGGAUUUGGUAACAAUCGGGGGACCCGGCAAAAUGUAGUAAUUAAUUUUCAAAAUCACGGCACAUCAAAAAUUAAAUAUUCUAUUCUCACGAACCGAAUCGGC